AUGUCGACGAAGAAGCAGUCCAAGGCUUCCAAGAGUGUAGACUCCAUCAACGCGCGUCUGCAACUGGUCAUGAAGAGCGGCAAGUACAGCUUGGGGUAUAAGACAACUCUCAAGACUCUUCGCCAGGGAAAGUCGAAGCUGGUUCUGAUCUCGAACAAUUGCCCAGCCCUGAGGAAGAGUGAGAUCGAGUACUAUGCCAUGCUGGCCAAGACGGGAGUCCACCACUUUCACGGUGACAACAACGAGCUCGGCACGGCUUGUGGUCGGUAUUACCGAGUGAGCUGCCUGUCCAUCACGGACCCUGGCGACUCUGACAUCAUCCGUUCCUUGCCCGGCCAAGAGUGA